AAGGUAUGUUGUUUUCUCAAUAGGAACAAAAUUUAAAGCCAAGACUAUUUAGUUUAUAAGACGUGUCGCAGAAAGUACGGCGUCGAAUAUUCUACAACGUUUACUGAAAAAUCGAGCAAAAUCACACGGCAAAAGAGAAAGAACUUGUGAUUGGACAAAGAUUCUAAGGUCAGCCAAUCACAAAGUACUUUAGAAAACAACCCUCAGUAACUUUUCAAAAUGGCGGCAGAUUUCAAGACAGCCCAGCCAGUCGAGUAUUAUCGCCGUUUUCUCAAAGAAGAUGUCCGUCCUGAUGGGAGGGAACUGGGAGAAAUCAGACACACAACCCUCAACAUCGGGUCCAUAACAACAGCUGAAGGCUCUGCCCUGGUUAAGCUUGGAAACACAACAGUGAUUUGUGGAAUCAAAGCUGAACUAUGCAAUCCUACUGCAGAAGAGCCAAAGAAAGGAUUUGUAGUCCCCAAUGUGGACCUGCCUCCCCUGUGUUCCCCACGGUUCCGUCCUGGGCCCCCGAGUGAGCAGGCUCAGGUUGUCAGCCAGCUGAUGGCUGACAUCAUUCAAAACUCUGGUGUUGUAGCAUUGGAGGAUCUUUGCAUAGUGGAGGGAAAGCUGUGCUGGGUGCUGUACUGUGACAUGCUGUGUCUGGAUUACGAUGGCAAUGUUGUAGACACCUGUGUCAUCUCUCUACUGGCUGCACUGAAAAAUGUGCUGCUGCCAGAGGUAAGAGUGAGUGAGGAGACUGGUGAUCCUGUGACUGACAUGGAGAAAAAGUUACCUCUCAACAUCAGGAAAUGUCCAGUAGCCACUACAUUCGGGGUGUUUGAUGACCACUACCUGUUCACCGACCCCACCAAUGAGGAGGAGUGUUUAGCGACGGGUGUUCUCACCAUCGUCACCACAGAGGACAACAAGAUCUGCUGCAUGCACAAGCCUGGAGGCACUCCUCUGUCGGAGAGUAGACUACAAGACUGUAUCAACAGAGCUCUCACCAGGGCAGAGGAAGUCAGGAAACUCAUCCACGAGACCAUCAACAGUGUGGAGAGAUAGUUACCUGUACCUUUAUAUCAAGCAGAUAUAGGAUCUGGCUGAUCAUGAGUCUCGGUGUUCUGCUUGGAGAUUGGGACUCGUGCCCUUCAUCAAAAAUCCUUUAUCUGUUUUAAUCUUUUAUCUUGGUAGUAAGCAUAAUGUCCAGUCCCUCGACACUAUAGAUAACUAACUAACAACAUGUUAGAAUAUUGUAUUUCAAAUUAUCUACAUAAUACAGUCUUCUUUU